AGCUAGCGCGGCCACUGACUCGCCACCAUGACGUCGUCCCAAGAAGGUCCUUCUUACACCGUGGUGGGGUCAGCAGUAUUGUCCUUGAUCGCCAUUACGUAUCUCUACUGUCGGUAUAAGUUGAACUACUGGAAGCGUCUCGGAGUGGAAUCCUUGACAGACUCCCAUUGGCUGUUCGGGAAUUUCAAGAAAGCGAUUCUGUUCCAGUCGGCACCUGGAUGGUAUCUCGGCCGCCUCUACCACCAGGCCCGAAGCAGCGCACCCUUCGUUGGAUUCUACAUCUUCCAUAAGCCAUGUCUUCUGCUGAGGGACCCUAAAAUCAUCAAGCAAAUCCUAGUUAAGGACUUCGAAACAUUCUCCGACAGAAACUUUGCCGGGACAGAGCAGAAGGACAGCAUAGGAAUGAGGAACCUCUUUGGUUUGAGAAACCCAGCGUGGCGAUACCUAAGGACCAAAAUUACCCCAACUUUGACGAGGGGCAAGUUGAGGCAAAUGUUCCCUCUGAUGCUGGAGACUGGGGAGCCAAUGAUAGAGUAUAUUAAGCAGCAAAAGGACAAAGAAGGUGUGAAGAUCAUCGAUGCGCAAGAGAUGAACUAUAAGUUCUGCACGGAUUUGAUCGCGAGUGUAGCGCUGGGAACGAAGACGGACUCCUUCCAGAAUCCCAAUGGAGAGUUUACUACAGCUGUAUACGGCUUCUUCCAUAGCUUCAAGCGCAUGGUGGCUCUCGCAGCGGUCUUCUUCAUGCCGAAACUGGUGGAUCUGAUUGGCUCCCCAAUUCUCUUCAACUCAAGCUUUGUAAACAAAGUGUUCUGGACUGCGGUGGAGAAACGAGAGAAAUCUGGCGAUCAGAGAGGCGAUUAUAUAGACUCUAUUAUACAGCUGAAGAACGGGAAGCAAAGUCCGCUUUACAGAUUUGAAGGAGAAAACCUGCUGUUCCAGUCAGGGACCUUCUUCUCUGGCUUCGAGUCCAGUUCCACCUCCGCCGCUUUCACUCUCAUGGAGCUGGCGAGGAGUGAGGCCCACCAGGUCAGAGCGAGGCAGGAGAUCCAGGCGGCUGUGAAGCAACACGGGUGGACCUUCGAGGCGUUCAGUGAGAUGAAGUUUGUGGACCAGUGCGUGCUGGAGGGCGUCCGGCUUCAUCCGCCAGUGUCCACCAUUGAUAGGUGCGCUAGGACUGAUUAUCAUAUCCCUGGCACAGAUAUAGUGAUAGAAAAGGGCACGGCGAUAUACAUCUCUUUGUAUGGACUUCAGGAGGAUCCCAAACACUUUGAGAACCCAUUACAAUUCGACCCUGAACGUUUUAAUAGUGAGCGAAUCGUGCCUGAGGCGUAUCUGCCCUUCGGGGUUGGACCCCGCAUGUGUGUCGGUAUGAGAGUGGGCCAACUCCACGCGAAGGUGGUGAUCGCAUUGAUACUGUCCAGAUACGAGAUAUUCCAGACAGCUGGGGUUAAGAACGAGCUGGACCCUCGAUCCACCUUCACCGCUGCUGUCGACGGACUCAAGCUGGAAUUCCAUGAAAUCACUGCUUGAAAACCAACUGCGUUUUAGUCUUAAUAUCAGUCAUAUUAGUUGUGUUGUUCGUACGGUAUCGUACGAUUACGAUGGAAAUAAAGCCUAUAUCCUGCCUAAGCACAUAAAUUUCAUAAGUAGGUACAGCUCAAAAAUCCAUUCAGUAUAAAAUAUAAAGAUUUGACUCUCUUGGUGAAGUUUUGGCGACAAUUUUUUUUUUGAGGAUGAUGAAACUUUUUUUUUAAACAAAUUAAUAUUUCUAUAUAGUAGGUAUACCUAUUAUUUAUAUUAUUAUUUUAUAGUUUAGAGGUGGAUGAUCUCUAAUAUAUUGAUAUUUCUAUGUGAUCUAUCAUUGCUAUACAUAUUGUUUUCAGCAACUGGCAAGAAUCCGUUGUUCUCAUCUCAUUUUUACGUCAUUGGGACAAAUUCUUACUCCCUCUUAUUUUAAUAAACUCGAAUGUAUGAGUAAAGAUAAUGAAAAUCAUAAAUAGAUUAUUUUCUCGCUUAUGCUUUGAUAAAAUAGAAAGAAAUAAGAAAUAUUUCUUAUUAUUAACUAAGUAGUUCAAUCAGAUUUUUUAACUAUUAAUUAUGUUAAUAUUUAGAUCAAUACAUUGUUUUUCUAAAAUUUCCUAGAGCUAAAAAUUGCCAACCCUACUUAUCUAAGAUAACAAUUAAGCCAGUUCCUCAGAAUAGUCUCUAUUAGGUACUUAUUCGUUUAAAGAUACCUACCACUUUAUUUCUACUAUCUGUAGUAAUUUUUGUGUAUGUAACUUGGAAUGUUAUUUUAUGUGAUACUUAUAUGAAAAUAUACAAUAAAGAAAUUAAAAUAUAUUUAUAA